AUGUCGGACACUAAAAUCAAAAGUGUUCAACCGGCAAAAGAAAAGUUGGAGAAUCUUCUCGACGAAGUAAAAACAAUGGACUUGACGCCUCCUUAUCAACAUUUGUCGGUGGAUGAAAAACGUCUAAAACUCUAUCUUGAUACACUCGGAUCAAUCAACGAAAAGUGGUUGGAGUAUAUCCAGAAACAAAAGAAUGAGCAGAAAAGGAAGGAAAAAAACACAAAUACGCAGAUAUGGUCGACGACAAUGCAAAGCAAGAUAAAAUAUCGAACCAUUUCAACAGAAGGAGCUUCCCCAAAUGUCUCAGCAGACAGUAAAUUUGCCACAGCUACACUACCAACAUUCAAUGGUGACCCGAAAUUAUGGAGAGGAUUCUGGGGUAGUUUUGAUGCCGCAUUGCAUCUUCAAAAAAUACCCGAUAUCCAAAGAUUAUCUGAUCUCAUGCCUCAAAGAAAAUGCUCUACAAGCUGUCAAAGGCUAUGGUAUAGCUCAAGAAAAAAGAGCCACAUAGUAAAGGAUUGCCGAAAACUAAAGAAAUUAUGCUUUCAUUGUAAAGGAAGACAUAAUUCAGCGCUGUGUACCAACCACCGCAAAGAUACUAGACCAGAAAAACUGCAAGAAAAGUUGGAACCAACAGUGACGAACAGCAUAUUUGUAGGAAAAAUUGAUUUGAAAGUUUUGGUUUGUCGGGUUUGA